AUGGAUGGCUGCAGUGGGGAGAGCGAAGGAUGGUUGCUAGAAGAGUGUCUCUUGGAAGAAUACAACCAAGGCGUGGGUCACAACUGCAAGCUGGCUGGCUGGCUGGAUGGCUGGAUGGCUGGCUGGCUGGCGUCUUUCGUGACCUGUGGGAACCCCCAAGACCCCCAACUUAGACUACCACCUGUAAAGAACGCACAACAUGAACAAGUGGCACUAGAGAUUUGUACUGGGAGGGCUGUCAGGCCAACUUUGGCCGCCAACUUCUUUGUAAAAGUUGCAGUUCUUCCUCUCCUUCAAGCCCGGCUAAACUCGAACACCAUCCCCACUCACACCGGCCCCUUCUUCUAG